AUGAACAAAUGGUUUCAGUCCCUGGCAAUGAAUGAAUGCACAUUUAAAUUGACGGAGACUCGAGGGAUCCUGGAGAGCAUACAGAGAUUUUCCUUGCUGCCGACUUAUUUACCCGUGAGUUAUCAUAUCCACAAUGCAGACAUUUCCUUCUUUCUUAAGGAAGCCAACCAGGAUAUCAUGAGGAACUCUAGUUUGCAAUCCCGGGUGGAGUCCUUCUUUAUCUAUAAAUCCAAGAGGCCACCCAUACUAAAUGCCAGCUAUGGACCUUUCUCAAUUGAACAAGUAGUGCCCCAGGACCUAAUGUCAUCUUCAAAUCCGUUUGUAUCCACCAACAAAUUUUCCUUUAACUGGAAACUUAAAGCCUACAUUAUGAACAACAAAAUUUACCUGGCCAAGCCCAAAGUCCAGGUCCUCUUCUACAUCGUGGGCAGGGACUGGGAUGAUUACAGUACCACAGAGCGGCUGCCUUGCCUGCGGGUGUUUGCCUUUCGAGAGACCCGGGAAGUCAGAGGCAGCUGCAGGCUGAAGGGCGAUCUGGGACUGUGCGUGGCAGAGCUGGAACUGCUGCCGGCCUGGUUUAACCCUCCCACUGUGGUUGCCGGCCGCAAGAAAAUAAUGGAUCACUCUGAAGGAAGCCCUGUGGAGCUGUACUACGCCAUCCAGCCGGGUGAUGAGAAGGGGGAGUGCGCUAAGGAGGACACGAGAAAAAGUAAUGGAAUCAGACCUGGGCGCAAUGACAUUGAUGAGUCAGGACCUCCCUUGCAAAGGAUUGGAAGUGUGUUCCUUUACCAGGCACGUGUUGGCCCUUCAUUAAGUGAAAUGAGGUUGGAUAAUAACAUCGCCAUCCAGUACAUACCAAAGACUGUCAAACAAGGUGAUAUUCUGACUUUCCUUGUAUCCAUUGCUAAAAACUCAACGGAGGAUCAGUUCACAUUGAGGGCAAAGGUGAAGAAAGGUGUGAAUAUUUUCAGUGUCAGAGCCAGCAGCCCAUACUUAUGGGACAUUAGAGAGAACAUGGAUUAUUCUGGGAAAUAUGCACCAGCUGUUAUUGUUUGCCAGAGGAAAUCUGCUACCUCCGAAAAUAGCGCCGACGGUCCGUCCUCUGAGAUCAUGCAGAUCGAUUUUGAAAUUGAAGACCUACAUGAUCUGCCUGGGACCCAGCUCAUCACAUGGCAGGUGGAAUAUCCUGGAGAUACAACAUCUGAGCUAGGCGUCUCCAAGAUCUACGUAAGCCAAAAGGACCUGGUAGGAGUCCUCCCGUUGGCUAUGGAAGCAGAGAUCCUGAAUACAGCAAUCCUCACUGGGAAAACCGUGGCCGUCCCUGUGAAGGUGGUCUCCGUGGAGGACGACGGGACUGUGACUGAUCUUGUAGAGUCUGUGGAGUGCAGGUCAUCUGAUGAAGAUGUGAUUAAGGUUUCUGACAGAUGUGACUAUGUCUUUGUCAACGGGAAGGAAAUGAAAGGCAAAGUGAAUGUCAUCGUUAAUUUUACAUACCAGCAUCUCAGCGCCCCAUUAGAAAUGACAGUUUGGGUUCCUCGUCUCCCGCUGCAGAUCGAGGUCUCUGACACAGAACUAAAUCAGAUCAAGGGGUGGAGGGUUCCCAUCAUCUCUAAUAAGAGACCAGCCCGAGACAGCGAUGAUGAAGAGGAGGACGAGCGGAAGGGACGAGGCUGCACGCUCCAAUACCAGCAUGCCAUGGUGCGGGUCCUAACGCAGUUUGUAGCUGAGCCCUCAGACCCAGGCGGGCAGCUGAGCUAUUUGCUGGGCUCUGACUGGCAGCUUGAUAUCACGGACCUGGUGAGUGACUUCAUGCAAGUGGAGGAGCCACGAAUCGCUAAGCUGCAAGGAGGGCAGGUGUUGAUCGGACAGGAACUUGGAAUGACAACGAUUCAGAUCCUGUCUCCUCUUUCGGAUGCCAUCUUGGCUGAGAAGACUGUGACGGUCCUGGAUGAGAAGGUGACAAUCACAGACCUGGGAGUCCAGCUGGUAACGGGACUGUCCCUCUCACUGCAGCUCAGCCCAGGAAGCAACAAGGCCAUCUUUGCCACAGCAGUAGCACAGGAGCUGCUUCAGUCCCCGAAGCAGGAGGCAGCCAUCAGCUGCUGGAUCCAGUUCAGUGAUGGAGCUGUUAUGCCCCUGGAUAUUUAUGAUGCCAAAGACUUCUCCCUGGCAGCUACGUCUGUGGAUGAGAAGGUGGUCUCCAUUCAUCAUGACCCUAAAUUCAAAUGGCCUGUGAUCGCCGCCGAGACAGAAGGCCAGGGGGCCCUGGUGAAAGUGGAAAUGGUGAUCAGUGAGUCGUGCCAAAAAUCCAAAAGGAAGAGCGUGCUGGCUGUUGGGAGUGGGAGCAUUAAAGUCAAGUUUGGACAGAGCGAUGCCAACCUGAACAUCAGUGACAGCAGGCUCGGUGGGGCUGGUGUCCACCUGGAAAACCAUGCAAGCGACCGGCGUCAGAAAAGCACGCUGCAGGAACGAGGUAGGUCAGAUGGGCAGUAUUAUAGCAGCUCCUCGGUGGGCCGAGAGGAAGGCAAAAGGACCUCCACUGACCAGUCUAUUUUAAACAGAAAAGAUGACAGAGAAAGUCUUCUGGAUGAUGACAGCCACCUGCAGAACAUCCCAAUAGACUUCACCAGCUUCCCCGCACAGGUGGACCUGCCACGAAACAACGGGGACUUGGAGGAGAAUGACCUUGUCCAGACGCCCAGGGGACUCAGUGACCUGGAGAUAGGAAUGUAUGCUUUGUUGGGGGUCUUCUGCCUGGCUAUCCUCGUCUUCCUGAUCAACUGCGUCACCUUUGCUUUGAAGUACAGGCACAAGCAGGUCCCCUUUGAAGAACAAGAAGGCAUGAGCCACUCUCAUGACUGGGUUGGGCUGAGCAACAGGACAGAGCUUCUGGAGAAUCACAUUAACUUCUCAUCCCAACAGGAUGAACGCAUUACAGCCAUUGACAGAGGGGUGGACUUCGAAGAGAGCAAGUAUCUGCUCAACACGAAUGCCCCCCAAAAUGUUAACGGCCAGGUCUUCAAGUCACCAGAGUCUGUGUUCACUGAGGGGAAGGAGCAGAAGAGCGAACCGACCACCUCUCCUACCUCCAAGAGGAAACGAGUUAAAUUCACCACCUUUACCACCAUUUCCUCUGACGAUGGGUGCCCUAGCGUCAACUCCAUCCUGAUGAGCAGUGAGGAUGAUAUUAAAUGGGUUUGCCAGGAUAUGGACCUUGGGGAGUGCAAAGAACUAAAAAACUAUAUGGAGAGAUUACAUGAAAGUGUGUAACGACAGACACAUUUUGUUCUUUUGUUUUUCACUCACCUUCUGCCUUUAAUUUUUGGGUAUCGGGGCAAAAAAGAAUGCGUUUGCAAACAAGAAUCAACGGAUGAAUAAUAGCUCAGUGGAGCCCCAGAAAGCCACCCAAAACCAGCUGGGAGAGCAGAAAUCGGAGACAUCUCAUACAAUUCAAGUCUUCUCUGCGCUCCGAGACUUUGGAGUGAGAGAUGGUGAGGUCCGUGCUGCAUGGCAACAUGGAAAAAAAAAAAAGACUUAGCAAAAUAACAAGAUCUCAUUCCCUGAGCUUUCCCAGGAAAUCGAUAAAAAUAACAAACUCCAACGCAGUCUGGAUAUUACAAAGCUCACAUGGCUCUAAUGUUCGAUAUUGCAGGCUGUGGUUAAAAGCAAAAAUUGGGCUUGGCAUAAAUAGAUCCGUGAAAAGAAGUAUGUCAUGCAAGUCAGAAGCAGAGAACAUCAAUCUGAGAAUGUUAAUUUAAAGCUGACAAACAAUUGCAGCGUGAGCAAAGCAGCUACUGUAGUUGUAAAGUUAUGAGUUUCCAAAGAAUUAAAGGGGAGAAAAAAAAGACUGGGUUGUUUACAGACCAGCAUGAGCACUUCCCAAGCACUGAGAAGGGAUACACGUAUUCAAUUAAAACUGAAAUUCUCUUUUUAAGUAGAUGCCAAGUUAACAAACUUUGCUGGCCACUUUUCAGUAUUAAUUUGUAAAAUAGGAGAAGGUAUCAUCUAUAAUCAACAUAACUGCUUAUAUAAAAGAAGGUUUGUUCUAGAAAGGUUUGAGUGAACCAAGAUGUUUUUAAGAAGCCCACUUUAUCUGGAUUCCCUGUUUAAAUUUGUAUUCCCAGUCGUAUUUCUGGAGCACUCUCAUUUGCUACCCUGGGGGCACUUACUAGCAUCCAUCUGGUUUGGAAGUUCGAUAGCUUUUCCCUUUCCUUACAACCACGUGUACUUCCAUGCAGCCCACUUCCACCAAGCACAGAAGCCAUUGGUACUAAAUUGGAAGUCACUUUACAUGUUGCAGUUUACCAAAGUUGGCCACUGUUUCUUGGGUAAGUGUAACCUGUGCUGAAUUCAGAUGCCAACACUGACUUGCUCUUUGAUCUUCUUCCGCUGUUUGAGGGAGGCUGGGUUACUCGGAUUCAGUUGUUCAAGCUUCUUCCGAUCCAGUGCUGAGUGUAUGUAUAGGGUCGCAGAGGAGCGCCGGGCUGGUGAAUUUGUUUCUCCCAUUCGUCUUAGAAGUCUGUAUAUGUGGUAGGAUACCAGCACUUGCCCUUUGAAUCUAAAGCGCACACCUGCCCUCAAAAUGUGGCAUCAUCUGUUUGGUCCAGUGACCAGGGAAAAGUGCCAAGGCAAUAAGGUUUGGCUCAUUAUUUUUUUCCAGUCGUAUUUUAUUUGCCAGAAUCUGCCCAUGCCUUCCAUUGAUUAUUAAGUCUCACAAUCACUGAACCUAGUUUGCCCAGUUGAAUACCUCCCGCAGUUGCUUUGAUCAAAUCCAUCUAUAUUUAGAAUGUACUGUAGAUUGUAAGAAUGUAAUAUAUAUUUAUAAACAUGACAACUGUGAAUAAAAUUUGAAUUUCAGUGGC